AUGUCUUCACUCAUUGAAAUAGACUCGCUAGAGAUUUUAGUCAUUGUCGAUAACGAGGUUGAUCCUAUAUCCUCCUACCAGCACUCAGAUCUUAAAGUUUCUGGACAACUCGCGGAUGUUGCUUUAAGGGCUCCGCUACAGGAUGGAACCAGGGGUGGCUCAAAAUUCGAGAUUCGGCUCGACAAUGUCUGCUGCGGUGCUCACGGCUUGUCACUGAUGAUCACGGCUGUCAAAGGAGACAAGCGGCAUACAGUUCUCUUCGACACUGCUCCGGAAGAACAUAUCUGGGAACUGAAUGUAAAGCGCUUGAGGGCAAAUCUCGGAUCGAUUGAACGAAUCCAUCUAUCCCAUUGGCACCGCGACCAUUCCGGAGGCAUGUUGAAAGCAAUUUCUAUGAUAAAUGAGGCGAAGGGGAGCAGAGGCAUUCCAAUCGACCUCCAUCCAAAUCGACCGACAUACCGAGGUUUCCUAGGCCCGGCUGGUCCAAUCUCAUUGGAGAGGGAUCCCACUUUUGAAGAGAUCGAGUCUGCUGGGGCCAAGGUAGAAAGGAAUGACCAACCGCACACGAUUCUCGAAGAUAUGUUUCUUGUCUCUGGAGAAAUCCCUCGGGUCACGCCGUACGAAAGGGGGUUUCAACGUGGCAUAAGGUUCAAUCCAGAGAACAGCAGCUGGGAAAGCGAUGAGUUAAUUUUGGAUGAAAGAUUCCUAAUGUGUAAUGUGAAAGGGAAGGGUAUUGUUGUCUUUACCGGGUGUAGCCACGCAGGAGUGGUGAAUGUUGUUAAGAAUGCUUUGCAGUUAGCUGGUGGAACCCAUCCGUUAUUUGGGGUAGUUGGCGGAUACCAUCUUGUCGGACCAAAUGAAGCAUACAUCAAGGAUACAGUUGAAGAAUUGAAGGCCCUGAAUCCUCGCGUCCUGAUGCCGGGACAUUGCUCUGGGUGGAGGGCUAAGUACGAAAUAGAAAUGUAG